UCCCAGCUUUUGCUGCGCUGUGGUCGGUGGUCAGCGAUUGUCUUUCUCCACUUCCCCAGAGCUUUUUCAGUGGUGUUGCUGCUCUCGCCACCGACCGCUCUUCCGGAUCAUGGUGUGCUUCCGCCUCUCCCUGAUGCCGGGCUCGGGGCUCGUUUCGCUCUGCCUCGUCCUGGGAGCUGUCUCAGCUUAUGCAUUAGAACUUAAUUUGAUGAAUUCAGAAAAAGCCACUUGCCUUUAUGCAAAAUGGCAGAUGAAUUUCACAAUACGCUAUGAGACUACAAACAACAAAUAUAAAACUGUAACCAUUUCAGGCCUUGGCAAUGCAACAUACAAUGGAAGCACCUGUGGGGAUGACCAGAAUGGUCCCAAAAUUGAGGUGCAAUUUGGAUCUGGUUUUUCCUGGACUGUGAAUUUUACAAAGGAGGUGUCUACUUAUUCAAUUGAAAACAUCUCAUUUUCCUAUGACACUCAUGAUAACACAACAUUUCCUGAUGCUAAAGAGAAAGGAGUUUUUACUGUUCAUUAUCCUGUGGCAUUCAGAAUUCCAUUGGAUGACAUCUUUAGAUGCAAUGCUAUAUUGACUUUACAAGAGAACAUGGUUGUCCAGCACUAUUGGGAUGUUCAUGUACAAGCUUAUGUCCAAAAUGGCACAGUGAGCACAAAAGAGUUUUUGUGUGAUAAAGACAAAACAACCACUAUGGUGCCCAUUGUUCCUACCAGUUUGCCAUCUCCUACUACAACACCCACUCCAAAGGAAAAACCAGAGAUUGGAUCCUAUUCGGUUAAUAAUAGCAAUGGCACUUGUCUUCUGGCUACCAUGGGUCUGCAGCUGAACAUGACUCAUGAUAAGGUUGCUUCAGUUGUUAACAUCAACCCCAAUACAACUGACUUUACUGGCAGCUGCCAUUCUCAAACUGCUCUACUUAGACUGAACAGUAGCAACAUUAAGUAUCUUGACUUUGUCUUUGCUGUGAAAAAUGAAAACCGAUUCUAUCUGAAGGAAGUGAAUGUCAGCAUGUAUUUGGAUAAUGGCUCUGUUUUCAGCACUGCAAAUAACAAUCUUAGCUACUGGGAUGCCCCCCUGGGAAGUUCUUAUAUGUGCAACAAAGAGCAGACGGUUUCAGUGUCUGGAGCAUUUCAGAUAAAUACCUUUGGUCUAAGGGUUCAGCCUUUCAGUGUGAUAGAAGGAAAGUACUCUACAGCUCAAGACUGCAGUGCAGAUGACGACAACUUCCUUGUGCCCAUAGCGGUGGGAGCAGCAUUGGCAGGAGUACUUAUUCUAGUGUUGCUGGCUUACUUUAUUGGUCUCAAGCGCCAUCACACUGGAUAUGAGCAAUUUUAGAACCUGCAAUCUGAUUGAUUAUAUAAAAAUACAUGCACAUAACAAGAUUCUCUUGCCUCUUAAUUUUGAAACACUUUGCUCCUUAAGAUUGAUUUAUUGGAAUUAAGUCAGUGCUAGCAUUUUGAGAUAAAUCUUUAUUAAUAAAAAAUUGUUAUCUUUGAUCAGCUUAAAAUAAAAAAUAUUGUCUCUACUGGUCCCGAAGACAAACUUGUUAAAAAGAACAUUGGUGUGCAAUGUUUUAAGGUCUAUCUUAAGAAGCCUUGGCCAAAUUUUUAUCCUAAUCUAAGAUGCCUUAAACUUAUUAACAUGAUCAUUAUAAGAACAAAAUAUGUAGCUGUCUCUUAAUAGAAUUAAUAAUUACUAUUUCACAACUGGUGUUCUGUGUCAAUGUAUAAGAACUAUACCAAUUUAAACUCAGUGCCUUUGCACAUAAUUCAUUAAAUAUUGAUGUGGCAUAAAUGCCCAUCAGAU